AUGCCGGGCACAGGAGGGACGCAGGGCGCCAAGGCGCUGACAAGCCCCGACCGGCUUCACAAGAUCGACCAGCUCCGCGAGAAGAACGUCGGCGCUCACAUGCCGCUGCCGCAACUGGUCGUCGUCGGCGACCAAAGCUCGGGCAAGUCGUCUCUCCUCGAGAGCCUGACUGGCAUUCCUUUCCCAAACGGCCAGGGCCUCUGCACGCGGUACGCCACCCAGAUCACGCACCGUCGUGAUGCUGUCCAGGCCAUCACUAUAACGAUCAUCCCGGGACCCGAUGCCGCCGACGAGGAAAAGGAGAGGCUCAAGGCCUACCAGGAGACGGUGGAGUCGACCGACGAGCUGGUCACCAGGUUUGAGUCGAUUCUGACCAAGCAUCGCAAACUCGAGGCCAAUGCUGCAAUGGGCAUCAGAAACGACCUCAACCCCGAGGGCGUCAGGACAUUCAGCCAGGACGUGCUCAAGAUUGAAAAGUGCGGUCCUGCGGAGGACUAUUUGACCGUCAUUGACGUCCCGGGCAUCUUUCGCAACACUGAAGAGGGCGUCACGACGGAGAGCGACAAGCGGCUUGUUCUUGACAUGGUCAAGAGCUACAUUGAGCAGGAGAGGACCGUGAUCCUCGCCGUCCUCCCCAGCACAGUCGACAUCAUGACCCAGGAAAUCCUCAAUCUUGCCGAGAGGUUCGACCAGUCCGGGGAGCGUACUCUGGGCGUCCUGACGAAGCCGGAUCUUCUGACCGAACGCAGCACCAAGGCCGUGGUCUGUGACUUGGUCAAUGGAAAGAAACGCCCUCUCAACCUUGGCUACUACGUCGUGCGGAACAGAGGUGCCGAUGAGGACAGCGAGGAUUCCCAGAGUUUCAGGGAACGUGAAGCCAUGUUCAAACAAGAACCCUGGUGCCAUCUCCCGCCCGACCGUGUCGGCAUUGUUGCUCUACGAGAACGGCUUCAGGAGCUGUUGGGCCACAUCACGGACCGAGCUUUCCCGAAGCUGAGAGCGCAAGCCCGAAAGAUGCUUGACGCCUGCAAGAAGGAGCUCGAUGAUCUGGGCUUUUCCAGACAGACUGAGCGUGAGCAGCAGCAGUAUCUGUGCGACAUUGCUGGUCAGUUUCAGACGGUUGUACGGGAUGCUCUCGGCGCCAAUUACACAUCCAACGAGACGCUCGAGAGCGAUGAGCUUCGUCUGAUUACGGACAUUGUGAACAUGACAGACGAGUUCAACCAGGAAUUCAGCCAACUGUCUCAAUCGCGGUUCUUUCAGCCUGUAGCCAGCGCCGACGAUGGAGAGUCGGAUGAUGGGAGACGUGCCCAUGGGGAACGACACCACCACGUCAACGAACCCGACGCCUCCAAGUUUCCGGAAUUGGAUUCCAUCAUAGAUACUCACUGGACUCCUGAACAGCCCGAGGGAGACAUUAUGGGUUGGAUCAAUCGCAUAUACCAUCGUUCGCGCGGAGCCGAUCUCACCACCUUUGGCCCUGGGCUUCUGCUGGGCGCUUUCCGGGAGCAGUCGAACAAGUGGGCGCCGUUUGUGAAGCUGUACAUGAGCAAAGUCAUCCUCAUCAUUCACAGAUUCGUCAUGACCGUGCUAGCCCGAGUUUGCCCGGACCCGAGGGUCCUUGACGAGCUCCAGUCGGCUUUGGAUGCUGAUCUCCGAGAGAGAUAUCAGGCGGGCAUGGAUCAAGCCCUGUUUCUCGUAAGCAUCGAGCGAGACAUGAAGCCGUACACUCUGAACCAAGCUUUCAGCCGCGAGCUGCAACGAUUACGCAGCUUGCGCAUCUCGGACAAACUAGGCGAGGACUUUAUCGACAGAUUCGACAGAAAAGUUGUCUACAUGGACAAGGUGAAGUCUGAGCUUGGAGGCAAGAACAACGUAAAGUAUACGGAGGAGGACAUUCACGACAUCCUACAAGUGUACUAUGACAUUGCGCGAGAGCGCUUCGUCGACUACGUCUACCGCCUGGCGGUCGACAACUGCCUGUUGUCUGGCCCAACAAGUCCGUUGUCGCUCUUCUCGGAGAAAUGGGUGCUGGCUUUGCAGACGCAGAGCCUCGCCUCGAUUGCUGGGGAAUCUCUUCGCGUCACAGGGAGGCGCGAUCAGCUCAACAAGAAGAUGCAGGAUCUUCAGAGUGCCAUUGAAAUUUUGCGAUGA